UUGUAGUUCGCUCAAUCAUUACAGAAAGAUUCGUAGCUAUCGAAAUUCCAAGCGAUAAAGAUGGAAUCUAGUGGUUUAUUCAACAAUGUCGUCAGAGUGAAAGAGAAAUCUGGUGAUGUGUCGCUUAUUCAAAAUGAUUGCGAUAUGAUAGACCAAAAACCUAAUUUUAAACAUGUCAAAUGCUUAUCAAUUUCGCUGAAAGAUGCUAUCGAAGCACUUCGAAAAUUGGACGAAAAUCGAGAGGCUGAACUCGAGAACGAAAUGAAAACAGCUUUUGAAUAUGAAGAUAUCGAACACAAUAUGGAUUUGUCAGUAGUGAAAAAAAUUGACGAUGAUUUUCAAUAUCACUUGCAAAAUGUACAAAAUAACGAUGGUUAUAAUACUCAAAACAUAGUUGAAAUGGAAACCUCGAAAGAAGAGAAACAGGAAUUUUUUGGAGAAGUCGCAGAAAAAUUAAAUUUGAAUAUCUACUGUGAAACUGUCAAACAAAACAGAAAAAGAAGAACUGACGAACAUAACCUCGAAGCACGCAUCGAUACAGUGCAUAAUGGCGCUUCGUCGCAUGCAUGUGAUAUUUGCAGAAAGAAUUUCACAACAAAGGGUACUCUUAAAAUACAUAUCGAUGCAGUACAUAAAGAUAUUAAACAUCCAUGCGAUAUAUGCGGUAAAAAAUUCACAAGUAAGUACUAUCUCAAUACCCACAUCGAUUACGUGCACAAAGGUGUCAAACAAGUAUGUGAUAUAUGUGGAAAAACAUUCUCGUGUAAGAAUUAUCUUCAACUCCACAUCAAUGCAAUGCACAAUGGUAUUAGGUAUAAGUGUGACUUAUGUGAAAAGAAAUUCGCACAAAAAGGUAAUCUCAGAAUUCACAUUGACUCAGUGCAUAAUGGUAACACACAUUUAUGCGAUGUGUGCGGAAAGACAUUCAAUCAGAAAGGCGGUCUUAAAAUCCACAGUUAUAAGGAGCAUAAUUCGCGUAUUACAACUUAA